AUGGACGACAGUUAUGGCUUCAUGCUGGACCCAAGCUGGCAUGCAAACGCUUGCCUCGAUCCCAACUUUCUCGACAACGUGGAAGGGACGCAAGACUCAAGGAGCCAUUCUAGCGCUCUUCCAGGGGCAAACUUGGACUUCAACUACGGAGCCUUUAUCAACGAGCUGAACAACUGCGAGAAAAAAGAUUUGAGAAGAUUCUUGCUAUGCUUGAAAAACUGGAAAUCCAAUCUGGUGAGAGUUUUAGUGUUUUAA